CCAGUAAAAAUAAGAAACUAACCUUUAAGAUAUUUUAGUUUGUUCGGUAAUAAAGAAAAGGCUAAAACAAAGACGAAGAAGAAGCGAAGCCAUCACCGUCCUUGUCGUUAAAACCUCCAUUAAUCAUCACCGCACGUUGAAAAGACAUCGACUUGUAGAGCGAAUUAACAUCACCCAAUCCCUGAAACCCCCUCUCAUCGGCGAUUUUCCUCAUCUCCGACUCGAUAACAUAGCUGACAAUGUUAUGUGUUAUUGUGUUCCAUGAACAGUAUUUUACCUCCCAUGGAAUUAGAAGGGAACUUCUUCAUGUCUGAUGCUCAACAAGCACAUGACGAUUCCUUCUUAGCCAAACCAAAACCUAAUCUUGUCACUGGUCCUAUUGAUGGUCACAACGCUAACGAAAGUGGCUGUUUUGAUUGCAACAUCUGCCUAGACACAGCCCAUGAUCCGGUGGUCACUCUCUGCGGACAUCUUUUCUGCUGGCCUUGCAUUUACAAAUGGUUGCACGUUCAGUUAACAUCCGUCUCAAUCGAUCAGCACCACAGCAACUGCCCUGUCUGCAAAUCCAACAUCGCCGUCACCUCACUGGUUCCUCUCUACGGAAGAGGCAUGUCUUCCGACUUUGGCUCGAAGAAACAAGACGCAGUAAUACCACGGAGACCUGCUCCACCAAUCACUUCAGGAUCAUCUCUGAACCCAAGGUUGCAACAUCAUCGAACAAUGUCUCCAACGUUUCACAGCCACCGCAACCAAUACUCCCCUCGUGGCUUCACCACAACCGAAUCAACCGACCUUGCGAAUGCAGUCAUGAUGAGUUUCCUCUACCCGGUGAUUGGGAUGUUUGGGGACUUGGUCUACACCAGGAUAUUCGGAACCUUCACAAACGCAAUAGCUCAGCCUUAUCAAAGCCAGAGGAUGAUGCAGCGUGAGAAAUCUCUUAACCGGGUAUCCAUAUUCUUCUUCUUCUGCAUCUUCCUUUGCCUCCUUCUCUUCUAGCUCUCUCUCUCUCCCUCUCCCUCUUGUAUAGUUUUUGAAAUGUAUAUAAACUGUAAACUUUAUGGUAUAACAAGUACAGACACUAUUGUUCCGAGUUAGGUCUCAAAUGGCAGGCCAUUUACUCGCUGUGUAUUGCAUAUCUGAAGACAUAUACGUGCUUGUAUCUAAUCUUUAUGAACCAUAUAUAUAUAUAUAUAAAUAUUUGUUAAAGAAUCA